AUGAACACACCCGAAGAGAAGGUCAACCUGGAUAAGGGCGAUCUUGACUUGCUCAGCAUCAUCGAACGGACGUGCUCGGUGUUUUCCCUGCUGGGAUGUGUCUUCAUCAUCGUAACAUUCUGCUCGUCGAGAGCGUUUCACAAGCCCAUCAACCGGCUAGUAUUCUUUGCCUCCUUUGGCAACAUGAUGACAAAUGUCGGGACUCUCAUGGCGAGGUCAUAUAUUGGCUCUCCUGACUCCGCGGGCUGUCAACUUCAGGCUUUUCUGGUGCAGAUGUUUAUGCCGGCCGAUGCAUUUUGGACGCUCACCAUGGCCAUCAAUGUGUAUCUAACAUUCUACUACAAAUUUGACGCCGAAAGACUACGGAGGAUGGAGAUUCCCUACCUCAUCUUCUGCUACGGUAUUCCGUUCAUCCCCGCACUGGUAUAUGUCUUUAUCAGGAACGGCGACGGCCAGAGAGUCUACGGAAAUGCAACGCUAUGGUGCUGGGUCACGCCUGAGUGGGAAAUCUGGCGCAUUCUCACGUUUUACGGGCCUGCCUUCAACCUCCUGUGCGAGGCGACCAUCACUAACGUUCUUAGGAUCGCAAUCCUGAUCACCUUCUUCAUCUACAUCCGCGCUGGUAGGGAGAUCUAUCAGAAGCGCAAGCAGCUUCGCAACUUUAGCUCUUCCGACCACGAUCAAGGGAACUCGUUCCACGACGUUCUCACCUCAGUGAAGACAACAGAAGUCUAUGUCACCUCAGAGGUGGUGAUUGACCAACCGCAUGGCUCUAUCGGGCUGGGUCCGAUGGGAAGACGUGGGUCGGAAGCCGGCCCAUCCCCGCGGAUGCCCAAUGCCGCCGCCUAUUCCGUUAGCAUCUCUGCGAGCCAUAACCACAACCGCAACGAGUCGCUGGCCGACGAAGUCCUCCCUGUAGAAAGCACUGCGGCCGAAGCUGCCACGCAGCGUCCCAUCAACUCGGCUCGCCGGCGCAAUUUCGAACUCAACAACGCUGCGUGGUCGUACACCAAGUGCUCCAUCCUAUUUUUCACCGUCAUUCUCAUCACUUGGGUCCCGUCGAGCGCCAACCGCGUUUACUCGGUCAUCCACACGAGGGAAUCCUCAACACCCCUUGAGUUCAUGAGUGCCUUCGUCCUCCCACUACAAGGAUUUUGGAAUGCCCUCAUCUAUGUUGUAACCUCAUGGAAGGCUUGCAAGACUCUAUGGACCGACAUCAAGUAUGCGUCUCGACGGCCAGACGUCACGGAAAUCGUUGGUACUUUCCGCCACAGUGACUCGUUCAGGAUAGCGAGCCAGAACCGAAGAACAAAGAACUACGAGAGUGAAAGCAUAGCAGAACUCACAAACAGCCGACCAAGCUCCAAGGAGCAGGUUUCGCGGGCAUAG